AUGGCAACACAUGCUCUUCUUCAAGUGACAAUUUCACUUAGCAAAGUAGAGCUUAGUGUGGGUGAAUCUAAAUUCUUCACAUGCACAGCUAUCGGUGAACCUGAAAGUAUAGAUUGGUAUAACCCUCAAGGAGAGAAGAUAAUUUCAACACAGAGAGUAUCAGUGCAGAAGGAAGGUGUUAGGUCACGGUUAACCAUCUAUAAUGCAAAUAUAGAAGAUGCAGGGAUAUAUCGUUGUCAAGCAACAGAUGCCAAAGGACAGACACAAGAAGCUACAGUUGUUUUGGAAAUUUACCAAAAACUCACUUUCAAAGAAGUGGUAUCUCCUCAAGAAUUCAAACAAGGCGAGGAUGCAGAAGUGGUUUGCCGAGUUAGCAGUUCACCUGCACCGGUUGUCAGCUGGUUGUAUCACAAUGAGGAAGUGUCUGCUAUAUCUGACAACCGGUUUGCUAUGUUAGCCAACAAUAAUCUGCAGAUUCUCAACAUCAAUAAAAGUGACGAAGGCACAUACAGAUGUGAAGGAAGAGUGGAGGCUAGGGGAGAAAUCGACUUCCGUGAUAUCAUUGUUAUUGUUAACGUGCCACCAGCAAUCACAAUGACUCAGAAGUCCUUUAAUGCCACAGCAGAAAGAGGAGAAGAGAUGACAUUCUCUUGCAGGGCCUCUGGCUCUCCUGAGCCCACCAUCUCCUGGUAUAGGAAUGGCAAGUUCAUUGAAGAAAAUGAAAAAUACAUACUGAAAGGAAGUAAUACAGAACUCACUGUCCGGAACAUAAUCAAUAGUGAUGGAGGUCCUUACAUGUGCAGGGCCACAAAUAAGGCAGGAGAAGAUGAAAAACAGGCCUUUCUCCAAGUCUUCGUACAGCCUCACAUAAUACAACUCCAAAACGAGACUACACAUGAGGAUGGUCAAGUUACACUCAUCUGUGAAGCGGAAGGGGAACCCAUUCCAGAAAUCACUUGGAAAAGAGCUGUGGAUGGUAUCACUUUUCCUGAAGGCAAAAAGAGCCUAGAUGGUCGCAUUGAAGUCAAAGGACAGCAUGGAAGCUCAGCACUGCAUAUUAAAGAUGUGAAGUUGACUGACUCUGGGAGAUACGACUGUGAAGCUGCCAGUAGAAUUGGUGGGCACCAAAAGAGCAUGUACCUUGAUAUUGAGUAUGCUCCCAAGUUCAUAUCAAAUCAAACAAUUUAUUAUUCUUGGGAAGGAAAUCCGAUCAAUAUAAGCUGUGAUGUGACAUCUAAUCCACCUGCAUCAGUCCAUUGGAGAAGAGAGAAAUUAAUUUUACCAGCUAAAAAUACCACUAACAUAAAAACACAUAGUGUAGGAAGAAAGAUGAUAUUAGAGAUUGCACCUACAUCUGAUAGUGAUUUUGGACGAUAUAAUUGCACAGCCACUAACCGUAUAGGAACAAGAUUUCAAGAGUAUGUUCUUGCUUUGGCUGAUGUGCCAUCCAGUCCAUAUGGAUUGAAGAUUAUAGAGCUGUCACAGACCACAGCCAAGGUUUCUUUCAAUAAGCCUGACUCCCAUGGAGGAGUGCCUAUUCAUCACUAUCAAGUGGAUGUCAAAGAAGUGGCAUCAGAAACCUGGAAAAUAGUACGCUCCCAUGGAGUUCAAACAAUGGUUGUAUUGAACAGCUUGGAGCCAAAUACAACAUAUGAAAUCAGGGUUGCUGCUGUAAAUGGAAAAGGACAAGGAGACUAUAGUAAAAUAGAAAUCUUCCAAACAUUGCCAGUUCGUGAACCAAGUCCUCCAUCCAUUCAUGGCCAGCCAAGUGUUGGGAAGAGCUUUAAACUCAGUAUCACCAAGCAGGAUGAUGGAGGGGCCCCUAUUUUGGAAUACAUUGUGAAAUACAGAAGUAAAGAUAAAGAAGACCAGUGGCUAGAGAAGAAAGUUCAGGGCAAUAAAGACCACAUUAUUUUGGAACAUCUUCAGUGGACAAUGGGAUAUGAAGUUCAAAUUACAGCUGCCAAUAGAUUGGGAUAUUCAGAACCAACAGUCUAUGAGUUCAGUAUGCCACCAAAGCCCAACAUUAUUAAAGACACACUUUUUAACGGUCUUGGACUCGGUGCGGUCAUUGGCCUAGGCGUUGCUGCACUUUUGCUAAUCCUCGUGGUAACUGAUGUCAGCUGUUUCUUUAUUCGACAAUGUGGGUUAUUGAUGUGCAUCACUAGGAGAAUGUGCGGGAAGAAAAGUGGCUCCAGUGGCAAAAGUAAAGAACUAGAAGAAGGAAAAGCAGCAUACUUGAAAGAUGGGUCAAAAGAACCAAUAGUGGAGAUGAGAACAGAAGAUGAAAGAAUUACUAAUCAUGAAGAUGGGAGCCCAGUAAAUGAGCCAAAUGAAACCACACCACUAACAGAACCUGAAAAAUUGCCUUUAAAAGAGGAAAAUGGGAAAGAAGUCAUAAAUCCAGAAACUAUAGAAAUUAAGGUUUCUAAUGACAUCAUCCAAUCAAAAGAAAAUGACAGCAAAGCAUAACAAGAUUAUAGAGGCUUGAGCAACUCUAUAAAGAGCAUUUGGAUUGCAGUGACCCUACGACCAAAACUAUUCCAUUGACCUUAAUUUCUUGGGAAACUUCUAGCUUGGAAUAGCUUGUAUACAUAUACAUACUAUUGAAUAUUCCUGUCCAUGGUUCAUUUCCUUUUGUGUUGUUGUUGUUGUUCUUGUUACUGUUGUUGUUGGUUUUGUAUUUCAGUAUAGAAACCUGCCUGGCACCAACUUUUGAGUAACACCUUGGUUGCUAUGGUUGAAAUACUGCAAUUCAUUACAUGACUAACGUGCUCUAUUUCUUAAGAAAAUAUUUCAUACCACAAUCGCUCCAAAAUAAAAGUGUUUACGAAACAGAAAACAAAGGCUUCGUGAGCUAAAUGUGUAAGAAAGCCCUGCAUGUGUUUUCCAUCUACCUUGGGCAAUUAGAUAAUUAAACUGGCUUUCAUUUGAAAAGGAAUACAUUUUAUGAAGGUGAAUUUUUUCAUCAGGGGAUCUUCAGGGAACCUGGGCUUAAAGAGCCAGUUACUUUAGCAUAUAUUACAAAUUGAGAGAAAUUUUGAGGACCUUUUCAAGACGUAAUUCUAGUUAUAUUUAAUUGUUAAUUUUUGAUAGACUGAAGUGCCAGGUCAAAAUUGUUACCCAUUUGAAGGAGUAUUAGUUGUAUGUGAAAUUAGAUUAGAAAGAUUCCAUUAAAACUCUCUUGAUAUAUGCCAUAUUCACACACAAUGGAUUACACACAAAAAUCAAUGUAUUGCUAGUGAAAAUAAUAUUGACUUCUGCCCUCAGCUUCAAAUAAAAUGAAUUGAAAUGGGAACAAUAUCAGUGUUGUCUUGAGAUAUUUUUUAAAUGUGUGAACAUCUUUUGGCUUUAAGAUAAUUUUAUCAAAAUGUUAAGUCUUUAGUGCUCAAAUACUUUAAACAAUAUUCCCAGGUAACUUUUACUCCUCAUUUAGAUAACUUUUAUUGAAGGAAUCAUUUCUCUUGCUGAAAUUCAGAAAUUAAAGUUAGCCAACGCAAAAUUUGAAAUAUUUAAUUUGAUUAAGUUGCAGGGAAAGGAUUUAACAUGGAAACAUGUAAUGAAAACAUCCGUGGUAAUAAGUAUGUGUAAUACCACUACUGUUUUAUUCUGGAUUUGCAGUUAUAUGUGAUUUUAAGGCUUUGGUAAACAACUUUGGUCCAAGAAAUCCUUUAGCUAUUUAUUCAAUACAAAUGUUCUAAUAUUACUUGCUAGGGCCUAUAUCAGAAUAAAAUACUUAACUUUGAAGCUAUGCAAGCUCCCAGAGGUAGAAGACUACAACAUGAUUUUUAACUUUAUGUAAGGUACAAGACAGUGUAUUCGUGGCUAUAAAUUAACAUACCAAUUGGGAGCAAAUUAUUCAUAUCCUAGAGAUAAAAGGUUUGUUUAAGUCCCAUCACAUUCCUAACUAUUAAGUGUUUCAGAUGGUGUUAUAGCUCAGAUAUUAAUUGGUUGGAAAUGCACUCUGUAACACAUUGAAUAAAUGUAAUAACAUGCAGAGGGACCUGCUUUAGGAUGUCUCUUUAUAGAGAUAAUUUUAUGAAUAUUAACUCUAAUACGCCAUUCAUAAAUAUUUAUUUAUAAUGUGUUUGGAACUAUCUAUCGGGAAAGACAACCAAGUUCACAGAACUUGGGUUAUGAACAGGACACGAUUUACCCAACUGCUUGUUCUAGCACCCAGAUAUUUGUAACAACCUUGCCUUAAUUUAUAGGGUUUUUAAGGCAGGAAUCCCAUUACUAUCAUUUUUGGCAUAUUUUGAAGAAAAAGAAAAAAAUUCCUGUGCCCACCUAAGGAUCUGAGUAGGAACUAUCCAAUUAGUGCUUUGAUAAAUUUGACUGUUUCUAUUUUAGUUAUGCUACUCUGAUCAUUUCACUUUUACUAGCUGUUUAUUUCCUCCUUUGCACCAAUAUGCUCAAACUAACCCAAACACUUGAGCUAGCUUGUGCACAGUAAAUAGACUUAGUGUAAUGCUCAUAAAACUACAACAGUCGUGAUUGCUACUUUUUCUGAGAGGGAGCUACGUGGUUUUAUGCAAAUGAUGAAGGAAUUAGAAAAAAAAAAUAAGAAAGCAAUUUAACAUAUGGUCUAGUUAUAUUUGUGCUAUAUUUCAAGAGCAGAGAUGCAAAAUGCAAACAAGUUUUUGACUUCUCUUGUUUAGUGAUUUUCUUACUUCUUGGUAUUUCCGUGUAAAACAAUCUACACGAACCCUAUAGAUAUAUACCGUUAAAUUUCUUUCCUUUAAUGUAGUGUAAUGCUCUGCAGUUAAUAGAUAAUCUGGAACUAAUUGUAGAGAGACUGUUUAAAGUACAUGGUUUCAAUGGUCCCAAAUGUCUUUAUCUUUUGUCUUUGAAAUCUGUACCAUGUAGGAAAGAUCAAGGCCAUGCUAUGAUUACCUUGAAAACAAACAACUGAAUGGAAUGUCCCAAGUAUUCCUACUUGUAUUCGUUUUCCAAUAAGAGAUGCAUUGUAAUAAACUGGAAAAUACGAGUAGAACUGAAACACUGAAAACAUUUGUUUCUAAUUAAUAUGUACUUAGACUAACCAUGUCCUUAUAUUUGUAUACAUGUUACAUUUUUACUAUCUGAGAGUACUCCGAAGUAUCAGUAUGGCAAAAUAAUUUUUAAUAUAAUUAGUGUGAAAUAAACAGAGCACUAAGGUACUUUAAACAAAAAUAAAAAAGAAAAUACUAAAGUAUUAGUAUCUCUAAAAAGUUAUGUGUAAUUAGGCAGUGACAAUCUACUCAACAAUAUGUAAUAGUAAACAAUAACAUCAGCAUCAUAGCACACAUUUUAUUUUUAAAAGUAACACAACUUAAUGUGUCAAUAAUUUUACAAUUAUUUACAAAGGAAUUUGAAAAAAUAUUUCUAAAGAUGUAUGUAUUAUUUUUGUUUGUCAACAUCGCCAUUCUAUUGAUACUAAAGUCUGACAUAAAGGUAAUGUUUCCUGAAGUUUGUCUUUAUUUUCAAUACUAACACCUAUAAAAACAUUGUAACAACUCUUUGAUCCAGCAAAGUUUAUAUGAAUCUUAGUCUUUGAUCUAAACAUUUAUAUAGAGGAUUUUUAUUAAUAAUAUUAUUUAUUUGAAUGCCAGGAAUUAAUUGUAACUUUAUAAUCAUUACUUUAUGCUUCUUAUUUUAAAUAAUUCAGAUGUAUUUGUGCCUUUGGAUUAGCAUGAAAUUCUGCUUUAUUAAAUAAAAAAAUUGUAGUCUUUAAAAUAUUUAGCUCAUAUCUGCUACACUUAAAUGAUAAUAUCUUAUUUACAUCCAUUAAAUAAGCUUAAUUCAAACUACUUUACCUUGAAUUCAGACUCUGAAGAUAGCACUUUAUAUUGUGUAACUUAUUUACACACUUGACAAAAAAUCAUUUUGAUGCACACACAAAAUAAACUUAAUUUAUUCUGUAUUGUUGUCCUAGACAAUAAAUACAUUCUAAAUAUUGUUAAAAUUGAGCAUUAUUAGCUAUAAAACAAAGAAAAGAAAUUACUUUUAAAAAUAAAGUACAUUAUUAAUAUGUCAUUUGGAUUUGUUAUUCCUGUUAAGAAUUUGAUUUGGAGUCAUACGUCAUUUUUUUAUUAUUAAUGAUAACAUAAUGUCCAUGAAAACAUCUACAAGUAAAAGGAUACAUUGAUCUUCAGUUUUUAAAUGUAAAAAAUAAUGGAAUAGAAUAUUGCAAACUUGAAAUUUGCAGUGUAAUUCAUGGACAAUAUUGUUAGUGGUCAAUUCAAUCCCUCUUGGGACUAUAUUUCAUAAUCAUAUGCAGAGUUCUUAUUCAACAAAAUUUAUGAGAGGUGAAAUAUUUUUAAAUGACGUCUUUUGCAUUAAUUAUUACCCAAAAAGAUUUGCUUCUGAUUAACCCGUUGGAGCAUUAUUACAUUGCAUCUCGCUCUGAGGUUGUCUAUGGAAUAUAAAUAUGAUGAAAUGAAACUGUGGAAGAUGACAGAAAGGAAGCACUUCAUGCUUAACAUGAAAAAAUUAUUCAAGAAAAUAUUCUACUCAUUGGCCUUAAUAACAUUCUGAAAAGAAAUAAUUAUGUGUGUAGGUGAGAACCUUUUAUAAAAGUACCUGGAUAUUGUAGUUGCUAAACAACUACAAUAGUUGCUAACAAUUUACCUCCAGGUCCUCCUCUACUUUUUGAAAAAUUACAUUUGAGUAUGGAUAUGUAGCUAUAUAACAACAUUACAUGAGAAUGCUAAUAGAUAAAUGAUCCCCCUCAUAUAAUAGUCAGAAUUUUAUAUUAUAAAUAAUGCUUAAUAUUUAUUUGAUAACACUUUUAAUAUUGUUAGACAAAUAUUGAAUUAUUCACUAUAGACUUCUAUCUGUAACUUAAAUAUAUUUGUUGGCACUCCUGCCCACAUAUAAACACUUUUCAAUGAUUUUCAGAAAAUGGGCCACAAGUUGUUCAUACUAAUUAGUAUAUAGUUGCAAACAAAAAAAUGUUUGAUAUUUUUUUUAUUUUAUUUUUUUCAGAAAUAGAAAUAUUUAACAUUAGGCCUCUGAUAUUAUUAUUAUUAUUAUUAUUAUGGGAAGGAAUAAGUAAAGUGAUGGCUCUAGGAAGAUUUCAAAUCAAAAACAGAGGCAGGAGGAUGAAGGAACACUUUAAUAAGAGUACAAACAAGUAAUCUGAACUCCUCCAUAUGGAAUAGAAAUAUCUUACAGAAAUGUUACAUCAGAUAUCGAGAACACUGCUUAGAUGAAAAUUAAAGUAAUUUAAACAGGUGCAAAGGGGAAAAUUAGUGAAAUACAGAGGUGAAAUUUAAUAUAGCUAGAACCUAUGAUUCAGUUCUGCAAAUAGCAUUUUUUUAGAGAACAUGUUUUAUGUAAAAUAAAUGGUACUGUCCAGAGCAAACGUAUUUGUUCCAAUUCUUAAAGGAGUGUUCAUGGUUUAGCAUUUGCCUUUAAACUCUGUUAGGAAUAUGUGAACUACUUAGAAAUAAAGGUUUAAAAGCAGUUUAUUUUGGUAUGUGAACUCUAUACUGCGUUCAAUAUGCAUUAAAACAUACUUUUAUUUUCUUUAACUUAUAUAUUCCAUUCAAAUUCUAUAUUCUUAUGUUAUCACAAAGUUUCCUUAUUGUUUCAAUAUUGUAUGUCCCUAUGAAAUGCUGUAUAUAUAUGUUUAAACUGUAAAAAGUAUACCGCAAAUGUUGAAGUUUUGUAUUUAUGAGAGACAUUGAAAGUAUGGCAUACAGUAUAUCAAAACUGUCACUCUUCACCAUUUGUAUAUUAAUAGUAAAGAUACUUUUACUUUAAUAAAGUGUUGCAUUUUAUGUUUA